AUGGCUUCAGUUCUGCUGAUCGUUGUACUGCAUGGUGGCUCAGCACCAGGUACAUCGUGUCCCCAACAAAUGCUGAUGUGCAUCCAACAAUUAUGUCUACAACCUGCUGUGCUGUCCCUGAUGUGUCAGCAUUUGCACUCGGAACCCAGAAGAAGAUUGGACAAGAAAAGAAAGGGUGCCACGCUAAUGCAGUGUGCGUCGUGGAAGUCCAUCAGCUCACUGGGAGUACCAGGACAGGAAGUGCUUGCAUGCCUUGUGCAGCCAGAUCGUCAGACUAGGGAACAAAACCAGGCAGUUGCUCCCCCACACGGGCUCGUGUUUUCUACAACAGAGCGUGUGCGGGCAAGUUUUGGGCCAUCGCCCGGCUGCUUUGUCCAGCAGGAAACCACAUUGCAACAGCUGCUCCCGGACUUAAGAGCACAGAGAAGUGGCCGGGAGGAAUCGGCGGAGGGUUGGGAUUACGGAUUUAGCCUCCGGUGA